UCCCCUUUUUACUCAAAACCAUUUCCUUCUCUUCCACGAAACAAUUUUUUUUUCUCUCUCUCUCUUUCUCUCUGCCUUUCCCUGAUCAAAUUCUCACGAACUAAAAUAUGAAGAGCCGGAGCAGAAACUUAGCCACCCUGAGUUUGAUGAUAAUUACGUUAUUGACAUGGACGAAGAUCGUGGAAGGACAAGAAGCACUACUAGGUAAGAAAGUAUUGCCGCUAUGUCACAGAGAAUGUAUGCCAAUAUGCAUGAAAGUAACCGAAGCAACGCAAGAGAUUUGCGAACCUGCAUGCCAAUCUGGCUGUCUCCAGCUUCAAGGUAGAGGCACCGGACUUUCAGCCUCCGAUCAAGGAGUCGAUAUGGUCAUCGCAUAAAACUUUUUUAUAUAGUCAUUACUAAGAUAGACACCAAUAUAGUUGCUUGAUUUCUUUAUAUGAAUAUAUAGAUGUAAAAUCGGGUUUCAUCCUUUUUUUUUUUUUUAAUGAUAUAUUCAUCAAUCUCUACAUUUUUUAAUUUUAUUUUGUGUUUAAGAGAGAAUACAACAUCGUGGAACAAUCGAAAUAUCGAAAACUUUUUUUUU